GCUUCAGUCCGGAUGGGAACCAGACUUCACCUACCAUCAGAGGAAGAAAUCUCGAGAAACCACGCUACUUCAUCAUGAUCGGUCUUCGUUCACAGGUUGCUCUCCUAGUGGCCAUCAUGGCUCUGCUCUUCUGCGUCUCCGCCCUCCCUAGCGGAGGAGUUAGACACGGAUUUGGAGGUCAGUUUGGAGGUCACGGUUUGGGAGGCGGCUUCAGCAACAGACCAAUUGGUCAUGGAGGCUUCGGUCACGGAGGCUUCGGCCAUGGAGGCUUCGGCCAUGGAGGCUUCGGCCAUGGAGGCUUCAGCCAAGGAGGUUUCGGCCAAGGAGGUUUCGGCCAUGGAGGUUUCGGCCAUGGAGGUUUCGGCCACAGGCCUUAUGGAUACGGAAAAUAGAGAUCUUCAUUCCAAACCGACAAUGCAAAAGGUUUAAUUGUCGACGAAACUUACAAAAGAUACAAAGAAGAGGAGGAAAAACCUGGAACUCUGGAACGCUGGAACUACGUCUGACGUAUAGCAGCCAUUCCGGAGAAAGAGUCCAAAAUCACUGCUUUGAAAAUAUUUUUUACGGGUUAUAGUGUGAGAUGGUUUUUGUAAUAAAAUUUUGUUAUACA